CUAUCUCAAGAAGGAUGUGGUAAAAUGGUUACGUCAUUAUUCCGAGCUACCAUCAACAAUUGGUUAUCCCGUCACAUGUACCACAGUAUACGUAUUCUGGUCUUGUAAGACACACGUGUAAUCCAAACGAUCUUUCUUAAUUGUCUCACUCUUUAAUGGUGAUGAGUUGAUAGUAUAAAAUUGUUUAAAMAUGGAAUCACCCGGAAUGGCUCUAAGUGACAAGUAUGGAAGUGAUAAUCCACCAGCUAUUGUGGUCAGAGGUGCAUACAAGAGAUACAGUCCUCACAGUGUCGUUCUUAGAGGCCUGAAUAUGACUGUACCCGAAGGAACUAUAUAUGGCCUUCUCGGUCCCAGUGGUUGUGGAAAAACUACAUUACUCAGCUGCAUGGUUGGACGGUGUCAGCUCGAUGCUGGGGAUAUACAAGUCAAAGCUAGAACGAAGUCUAACAUUGGAUACAUGCCUCAAGAACUCGCUCUGUACCAAGAGUUUAGUAUUAAAGAAAUAAUGACCUAUUAUGGCCGUUUAUUUGGUAUGAGUCAUAAACAAAUAGAAACCAGAACGUAUGAACUAUUAAAAUUUUUAGAACUUCCUCAUGAAAAUAAUAUCGUUAGUCGACUAAGUGGCGGUCAAGAAAGAAGAGUGUCUUUUGCGGUCGCAUUGCUUCACGACCCUCAACUUCUUAUAUUAGAUGAACCUACCGUAGGAGUAGAUCCCGUGCUGAGUGCUAGCAUAUGGCAACAUCUUCUAGACAUGACAGCCAAUGGAAAUAAAACAGUUGUAAUAACCACGCAUUAUAUUGAAGAAGCCAGACAAGCUCAUACGAUUGGGCUAAUGCGAGAUGGUACUUUGUUAGCUGAAGAAUCUCCCAAUCAACUUCUUUUAAAACACAACUGCUCAACUUUGGAACAAGCUUUUCUAGAGCUUAGCAAACGCCAAACAAGAAGCAGUAUCAUGGACAAAGAAGAUGAAAAUUGUAAUAUUGAAACAUAUCCUGUACCAGAUAAAAAACCAUUGGCACCAUUGAAACCAGAUAAUAUUUGUUCAAAAUCAAGAAUUUUAGCACAAUUAUUAAAAAACUUUUACUGGAUGAAAAGAAAUAUACCGAUCAUGUGUUUCCUAAUGAUCUUGCCUGUUGUGCAAUGCUAUUUAUUUUGCACCUGUAUUGGUCGUGAUCCCCAAGGAUUAAAAUUAGGAGUAGUCAACGAAGAGCUUAAAAAUGGUAUGUCAAGUUGCAGUAGUUAUCCGUCGAGCGGAUGCAAUUUCAGUGUACCGUUAAGUUGUCGAUAUUUACAAAACUUGAAGGAUAAAAGUUACAAAUUGAUCGAGUACGAUUCUCUGGACGAAGCGAAAUUUGCUGUCAAGAAGAAUAAGGUUUGGGGAGUGUUAUAUUUCGAAGAGGGUUAUUCAGAAUCGCUCGGCGCACGAAUCAAAAUGCCCGAUAAUUUAACUGAAAGGACCCUAAAUAUUAGUGAUGUCAAUAUAUGGCAAGACAUGUCCAACCAAUACGUAAGUAAUCUAUUACGAAGGGAUAUGCUUUCAAGGUAUGUGAUGUUCUUAGAAAGUGUAUUCAGAGAUUGCGAUUGGCCCGUUGCAAUGGCCGAUAUACCGAUCAAGUUGGAAGACGCAAUUUACGGAGAUAAUAACCCAAGUUUUGGACAUUUCACAGCCCCAGCUAUCAUAUCACUAUUCGAGUUCUAUCUCCCGAUGGUGUUCACCGUGGGAGCGAUACUCAUGGAAAAGAUGGGAGGAUUGUUGGAGAGGAGUCUAGUUGCCGGCGUCACGGUGACGGAAGUAAUAUUGUCUCACAUUGUGGUCCAGUACAUCGUUUUGAGCGUUCAAACGGCGUUGAUGAUGUUGGUGUUGUUUGUGUUCUUUGAUAAUCCUAUGGUGGGGAGUCUAGUGUGGUCUCUGUCGUUGCUAUUCCUGACGGGGACCAGUGGAAUGUGUUACGGAUUUAUGGUCUCGGUGUUCUGCAACACCGAUACGUCUGCCACAUUCAUGGGCUUGGGAAGUUUCUUCCCUCUAGCCAUGCUUAGUGGGAUGAUAUGGCCACUCGAAGGCAUGCACUGGAUAUUGAGAUCAGUUGGAUGGAUUUUGCCGAUUACGUUAUCGACGGAAUCGUUCAGAGCUUUAUCUGCCAGGGACUGGUCAAUAACGCACCCGACUGUCUACAAAGGAUUUUUGUCCGCGUCCGGAUGGAUCGGUGUGUUUAUGUUAGUUACCAUGAUUGUGGUGAAGAAAAACAAUGGUUUAAGGAAUGUAACCAAAUAAUAAUAUAUGUAAAUAAAAUGUAAAUAAUUGUAUUAUAAGUCAUGUACAAGUAGUGAUUACGUCCGUUAAAUACCUAUUAUAUUGUGUAAAAAUGUUGCAGACUAUUUUUUAUACUGUUAAAAUUAUGAUUAACAACAUUUUUUUAUCAAGUUCUUUUACUAUUUAAUAAUUUUAAUCUAUUACAGGCUAUA